AUGUUCACGUCCCCUCGCCAGUAUGCGCUGAAACUCGCUGCACGACUUGCAGAGCGGGGCGCGCGGCCUGUGUGGGUGCCUGCAAUCGAGAUCGCCCGCCUGUCAGACGCACAGAGCAUGCAGCAGUUGGACGACGAGCUUGCCAGCCUGGACAGCUACACUCACCUGGCCUUCACAUCGCGCAACGGCAUCCAGGCCGUUCUGGAAAGGCUGGCAGCUGCGCAUGGCAGCCUGCAGUCGGCCAUUGCGCAUUUGAAUGCUCUGCCGCUGCGCUGUGCUGCGCUCGGAGCGGACGCUGAAAUGCUGGCGGAGGCCGGAGUGAGGGAUGUUCUGACCCCCCAGGAGGCAAGCACACAGGGGCUUGUGGCUGAGCUGCAAAGGCGAGGGGAGGCUGAGGGAGCGAGGGUGCUAUGCCCUGUGCCGCUGGUGAGUGGGGGUCUCACAGAACCGCCUGUGGUGCCCAGGUUCCUGGCCAGCUUGCAGGCAGCAGGGGCGCACGCUGUGAGAGUGGAUGCCUAUGAGACGCGGCCAGGGGCAACUGCAGAGCAGUGCGCUGCAGAGCGGCAGCUGCUGGCUGAUGGUCACGUUUACGCAGUGGCGUUCACGUCCACUGCUGAGGCGGAGGGGCUCUUGCAGAUCAUGGGGGGCAGAGAAGCGCUGCAGCAGAUGCUGGAGAAAUGGGGCACCAUUCUCGCUGCUCACGGGCCUUACACAGCUGCAGGUGAUCCCAUCGUCACCGCUUGA